AUGUGUAGUAGACCAAUUGAAUUUGAAGGAAUCGCUUGUUCAAGGAAAGCUAUAGCUUUUCGAUUAUCAUCCUUUGAAGGAACAAUUAUAGGAUUAAUGAAACUGGAUUCUUCAAAAAAGAAUCCUAAAAUAUAUAAAUUAAGAGGACAUAAAGGAGUAAUUCAAGACAUUCAGUAUAAUCUACAUUAUGAAAACAUAAUAGCAUCAACAGGAGAUGAUGGAAGCAUAUUAAUAUGGAAUACAAAUAAUUUAAAAGAUGAAUUAACUCAUUCUAGCAUUUUAAAUGGACAUACAAAAAGAUGUUCUUCCUUAGAUUGGAAUCCAGUCGUAAAUAAUACCAUUGUGUCUAUUGGUCAAGACCAGAAAAUUAUUUGUUGGGAUGUAGAAAAUGAAAAAAACAUUUUUAGUCUGAAUCUAAAUAAGGCUCCGUUAUGUUGUAAGUGGAAUUUAGAUGGUUCUUUAUUAUCGUAUGUUGAUAGCAGUACCAAAUUAAGUAUAAUUGAUGUAAGAUUAAAUAAAAUAAUAAAUAGCGUAAAGUCACAUAAAGAUCCUAAAAAACCCAAGGUUAUGUGGAUUGAUGGAUUAUCUGGAACUAAGUAUAAUAUUAUCUCAACGGGAUUUAGUGUAAAUCAUUGCAGAGAAGUAAAAUUAUGGGAUAUAAGAAGUAUAGAUAAUCCGAUAAAUGUGAUUGAUUUAGAUUCUUUACCUUCUCCUUUAUAUCCUUACUAUGAUGAAGGAUUAGGUAUUAUUGUUUUAUUAGGAAAAGGAGAAACUAUUAAUCGUUUUCUUUUUUAUUCAUGUGGAAACAUAAAACCGUUAACAGGGACUAGAUCCCGAUUUUCUCAUGCAGGAUUUGGUUUUUCUCCUAAAACGGAAUGUAUGACAUCAAAAUGUGAAGUUGCGAAAAUAUUCAAAAUGGAAUCUAGAACCAUUUACAUGAGCUCUGUUAUAGUUCCUAGAAAAAAUAAAGAGCAAUUUCCGAGAGAUUUAUAUCCUGACCUUAUUGUAGAGCCUACUUUCACUGCAAACGAAUGGAUGAACUUUGUUGAAAAACCCAUUUUAAGGAGACCAUUUUUAGGUAUUCCAAAUAAAAAAGAGCAAGGAUUACUCAAGAAGUGUAAUAAUAAUAGUAAUAAUAAUAGUAAUAAUAAAAAUGUUAGUUAUAACUCUAUUUUUACAACUAUAUCAGAAAAAUUUAGAUAUUCUAACAAGUCUAACAAUCAUUCUUCUAGAAAUUCUACUUUAAGUAAAAAUAAUUCCAUUAAAAACUACCAAAUGUCGGAAGAAAAAAAUGAAAAAAAAUUCAAAGCAAAAGGUAUGUUUUAUAAUGUUUUUAAAUCUAAUAAAGAUAAAAAAAUUGCUGAUGAAAAAAAUGAUAGGAAAAGAAAAAGUACAGCCAACAGUAGUCUAAAAAAUAGUACAACUAAUAACAUAGAACAGUUAAACGAUCUAUCAGAACGAUUAUCAAAAACUGAAGAAGAAAACAUAGAGUUAAGAAAGUCUGUUUCAGAGUUACAAGAAAGAAUUAAAGUAUUAGAACAUUUUUGUUCUAGUAAAAGCGAACAUUAUGAAAAGGAAGAAUCCCUUGAAGACAUUGAAAAAAAAUAUCAUAAACAAAUUCUCACAACGAAACAAGAAAGUACAGAAGAAAAUAAGCCAUUUCCAUCUUCUUUGCAUAUAAGUGAUAACAAAAAAGAAGAAAACGUAAAAAAAUGUACUGAUAAUUCUCUUGGAGGAGGUAAAUACAAAGAAAAAUUAAAAAAAAGAAAUUAA